GUCGGGGUCUAAGCGGUGGAGAAACUUCAUUCUACAAUUUUACUUCAACGUCGACCGUACAGUUAGUCGGACGCAGAAGCAUCAGUCUCCUCAGCCAAUCUUAUUAUUGAGCAAUUUCCCCCCAAGUUUUGAAUUGAGAAAGUGAACAAGUGGAGACUCAAUAACUCUUUAUUCUUGAGUGAAAAUCUCUGUGAAUUUUUACCUGAAAGUCCCCCUCCUAAGACAAUACCCAGUGAUAGCAUUGUGAAGUACACAAAGCCAAGUUAAUUAAUCACGUUUGUGGAAUUAAUCCCAAGUGACUCAUUGGAAUUCUUACAAGAAAGUGUUUCACGGAUCAUUGAACAGAAAAUGCCUGAUUCUGGAUUACUUCUAUCACCACCUGGAACUCCGCCACUUGCAGAAGAAUCGAAACACGUUGAUGACAGCAUUAGGAGAUGUCUCAAGAGGAAGCUCGAAAGUGUCCUGCCGAAGGGAAUAGUCACACCAAAUCCAUCCGAUACUGAGGAUGAUUCAGACUUGCCACCUCGGAAAAGACAAUAUGCCAGAGAGCAAUCUUUCACGACGUCCCUUACCCCACCUCCAUCUGAGGAUGAAGAUACCCGUGAAUUUCGGCUCACGAAGGACUUCAUUUCGAGGAUUACAGAGGCCGCCAAUGAAAUCUACGGACCCGAGACUGCAACACUGCAGCAGCAGCAACAGCGAGCGAGUGUUAUAAUGCGGGCCAACAGGGAUGGGACAGUCAAACCGGAACUACCACCAAGUGAACCCGAGUCCUUUGACACCUUCAAUGUGUUCCGCAGUGUAAAGUACAAGAUAGGAAGACAUAAUCAACCUAUGGUGACACCUGCCGUUGCCCCACCUGCCCCUGUUGUAGUUCCCCCAAGUGAGGAACCAGUUGAACAAAUUCGGAAAAGUACAACACCAAUAGAGCCAAGUCCAGUUGCUGCAUUACCUGCUCCGGCGUCACCUCAACCCUCUAAACCUGUCCAACUUCCCGCAAUUGCACCAAAGCUCCCACCUCAAGGAUUCCUAAUCACAGCAACCUCAUCCAGUGGCAACAUCCUUCCUGCUGGACAGUAUGUUAUCUUCCAAACACUCUCACCCAUCGUUCCCGCAAAGACAGUUUCUGCUUCGAGCAGUCCUCCGCCAGAACGGAGACGAAUCUUUGAGUGUGAAUACCCCAACUGCGGCAAGAACUACUUCAAGUCCAGUCAUCUCAAAGCACACAAACGCAUUCACACUGGUGAGAGGCCGUUCAUCUGCAAAUUUGAAGGAUGCAACCGUCGUUUUUCCCGAUCAGACGAACUUUCAAGGCAUAAAAGAACUCACACUGGAGAGAAAAAGUUUGCCUGUCCCGUAUGUCAGCGCAGAUUUAUGCGAAGUGAUCAUCUGUCAAAACAUGUCAAACGUCACUCAAAAGACAAAAAAUCUGACAAGAUGCAGAAUCAGCAGAAAUCCGUUAAGGUGAUUUCAUAAAAAAAAGACUGAUCAUCUGUCAUCUGCAACAUUCCUGCGCAUCACCUUAAGGACAAAGUGACGUCAUGGGAAGAUUUUCUUCAGUAAUUAUCAUCUAUCAUCAGCAAAUCAUUAACUUCUAAUCACUUGAUCACUUGAUCAUCUGCCUAGAUAUUUAAGAACCAAGGAAAACUCUGUGAUUUUCACUAAUUUUCAACAAACAAAAUACGUCACAUUAGACACAUUAAUUGUGGUAAAUAAUCAACUGUAGGGGUACUCUUGCAAAACUACUCUUUUUGCAUUUCUUUUUCCUUCUGUCAUAGAUAGUUCUUUUUUGUAAUUCUUGUAGUUUUUAAACACUGCAUCUCAAGUUAAAACUUAUUUAUGCAAAAUCAUUAUUUUUCACAAAAAAAAACAGAAAUGAAAUGUUUAUUACGGCAAAAAAAUCGAAUGGAAAAUUUUGUCCAAUCAUUUUGCGCAUUAAGUACAAGUUUGAGAAAACAAAGAUGAUUUUAAGAAAUUGAAGAAUAAAUUGUUUAAAAAAGAAAUCUUAUUAUAGGACAACAAUAAAUUAUUGAAUAACAUGAA